AUGAACAACCAGGCGCGGGCGUCUGCCCCAUUCCCCGCCCGGACCUCCGCCUUCGCCCGGGCUUCGACUCUGGUCAGGCCCUCCAUCCCGGUCCGGACUGCUAUGCCAGUCCCGGCCUCGGCCCCGGUCCCGGCUUCGGCCCCGGUCCCGACAUCGACUCCGGUCCCUGACUCAGCCCCGGCCCAGCCCUCGAAUCCGGUCCCGGUUCCGAACUCAGCUCCUUUCCUUGCCUCGGCCUCGGUCCGGACCUCAACUCGGGUCCCAGCCUCGGCCCGGUUGCCGACUCCAGUCCCUACCUCGGCUCCUUUCCUUGCCUCAGCCCCGGUCCGGACCUCGACUCGGGUCCCAGCCUCGGCCCCGGUCCGGUUGCCGACUCCGGUCCCAGCCUCGGCUCCUUUCCUUGCCUCGGCCCCAGUUCGGACCUCGACUCCACUCCCGGCCUCGGCUCCGGUUCUAGCCUCGGCCCCGGUCCGGACCUCAACUCCAGUUCCGGCCUCGGCCCCCCUCCGGUUCCCGACUCCAGUUCCGGCCUCGGCCCGGGUCCGGACCUCAACUCCAGUUCCGGCCUCGGCCCCCGUCCGGUUCCCGGCUCCAGUUCCGGCCUCGGCCCCCGUCCGGUUCCCGGCUCCAGUUCCGGCCUCAACUCCAGUUCCGGCCUCGGCCUCCGCCCGGUUCUCGACUCCAGUUCCGGCCUCAACUCCAGUUCCGGCCUCGGCCCCCGUCCGGUUCCCGACUCCAGUCCCAGCUUCGGCUCCGGUCCGGACCUCAACUCCAGUUCCGGCCUCGGCCCCCGUCCGGUUCCCGACUCCAGUCCCAGCUUCGGCUCCGGUCCGGACCUCAACUCCAGUUCCGGCCUCGGCCCCCGUCCGGUUCCCGACUCCAGUCCCGGCGUCGACUGCGGUCCGAACCCCGACUCCGGUCCGAACGCCGACUCCGAUCCGGACCUUGCUUCCAGGCCCGGCCGUGACCCCGGUCCAGACCCCGACACCAGUCCGGGCCCCGAAUCCGGUGCUGACCUCAGCCCCACCCCCGUCGGUCCUGGCCGCGGUCCCCGACGUGGAGUCCUCCUCGAGCUCGGCGCUACCUCUGGAUCCGGCCUCAGAACCUGCUCCAGAGCCCGCUUUGCUGCUCGAUAAGGAUCCUGCGCCGACGCGUGGUGGGGAGCACGGCCCAUCAGUCACCAGUGGACCCGGGCCCACCGAAGAGCCCCUCCCUGCGCUCACUCCGUUUGCCACUGAUUUACUGGAGCUCACACUUGAGUCCACCCCGACGGCAGAUCCAGCGGCCACCAACUUGACAGAUUCCACGGCUGGGCCCAUCCUGGGGGCCUCCCCGUUGGCCACCUUUUUACCUCCUGCUGCCAACACAGUCGCCUCCAGCAGCGAGUACUUUCAAGUGGACAAAAAAAUCGUGAUUCGAGUGAUCUAUUGUGGCCUCUGAAGCUAUAACCUCCGGUACAUUCUACUGAGAAAGAGUCUGGAGAAACAAUUUCCAAAUUGUCUACUCUUUGAGGACAACAUAGCCACACAGGCUACCGGGGAGUUUGAAGUGUUUGUGAAUGGGAAACUGGUUCAUUCGAAGAAGAAAGGUGAUGGCUUUGUGGAUGAGGCCGGAAUGCAGAAAAUUGUGAACAUUAUCAGUGAGAUCAGGAAAAGUGAGCAGGCACCUGGAGAGCUGGAGGAGCCUCAGCAUGAUGACGAGAAGGGCUGAAAUGUUGCCGUCAGGGUGUGGCCCACCACUCCUGAGAACUGGGCAGUACUCCCUGGUGUGUGUCCCCCUUGGUUACUCUCUCCAGGGGGGUGGACACCAGGCUGUCUCCAGCUCUGGCCACCACUGUAAAUAAUGCUGCAGUGGACAUCCUCAUGCACCUCCAGCCAGCCAAAGAAAGAAAAACAGCUUCAUGACAAAGGAUCCAUGGUGCGUUCUCCCUCUUGGGAGCACGCCCACACCUUUCCCUUCCCCCACUUCUACCCCCACGGACAUGUAUCUCCUAAACUCUAGGGGACUCCACGGGACUUGCAACCAGGGGAACAGUGGGCAGCGGCAGCUCCACCUGGGCUAAUCCCCUGGACCUGUCUCCAAGGUCCCCUUUUCCCUGACUUUCUCUCUCUUGUUGCUUCUCCUACCUUAAGCCCUUCCU